GUUUAAAAAUAUCGGGAAAGUUAAACAUGUUGGAAUUUUCUUUAUAUUUAUAUUUUUGAGACAUAAAACAUAGCAUAUUUGCUACAAAAAUGAAACAGUUGUUUUAUUUAUAUGUUUAAUAAGGCUUUUAUCAUUAUAUCACCUUUAAAUGUAUGUUUGUAUAGUUUGUCAAGGUAUAGCUGUUUCGGAUAAUUAAUAUUCGGAUAUCAAAAUGAUGUUGGUAAACUAUAGGAAACUUAUUAAACUUCAUAAGUCGUUGUCGAGUGUUUGCUUGAGGAAAAGAAUCGGUCGUAAAUACAGUGUGGAGUCUGUAACCUCAUCCUCAACAUCUGUGCCAGAGUAUGACGUAAUAGUUGUGGGAGCUGGACAUGCAGGAGUGGAGGCUGCAGGGGCAGCUGCAAGGAUGGGCAGAAACACUUUACUAGUUACCCACAAGAAAGAAACUAUAGGUGAGAUGUCUUGCAAUCCAUCGUUUGGAGGUAUUGGUAAAGGUCAUCUCAUGAGAGAAGUGGAUGCCUUGGAUGGACUCUGUGCUGUUAUCUGUGAUAAAUCUGGACUGAAUUAUAAAGUAUUAAACAAAAGAAAAGGUGCUGCUGUGUGGGGACCCAGAGCUCAGGUUGACAGAAAAUUAUAUAAACAACACAUGCAAGAGAUGGUUUUAAAUAUGGACAAUUUAACUGUAAAAGAAUCGCCGGUAGAAGAUCUUUUACUGGAAUCUUCUCCCAUUGACAGUCAUUCUGUAAAUAAAAAAAUGUGUAAAGGAGUGAUUUUAGAAUCUGGAGAGAUGGUUUACAGUAAGACAGUUGUCUUGACAACCGGAACAUUUCUACGAGGCUGUAUCAAUAUCGGUUUAUCGGUGACCCCGGCGGGACGCAUGGGAGACGCUCCAGCUGUGGGUCUGGCAAAAAGUCUUGAAGACGUCGGUUUUACUGUAGGGCGACUGAAAACAGGAACUCCUCCUAGAUUGGACAAAAACACCAUUGACUUCAGUGUGCUACCAUCAUUAAAGGGAGAUAACCCUCCUGAACCUUUCUCCUACCUCAACAAGGAAGUCUGGAUACAGGCUGAUGAGCAAAUAGAUUGUCACCUUACAAAUACGGAUCCCAGCAUUGAAAAACUUGUACAUGACAGUCUCCAUCUAAACAAGCAUGUAAAGGAAGAGAUUAAUGGGCCAAGGUAA